CUUAUAAAUUCCAAAAAUCCUGAUGUUAAGAAAAACAUCAAAAGUUACAGCUUAGAAAAAACACAUAAAAAACAAAACAAUAUAUAGUUUCAUCGAUGGCUAAAGUGGACAAGGCAAUUGGAAUAGACCUUGGCACAACCUACAGUUGUGUCGGUGUAUGGCUAAACGACCGGGUCGAGAUCAUACCAAACGACCAAGGAAACCGGACCACACCCUCUUAUGUCGCUUUCACCGACACUGAACGGUUGAUCGGUGACGCCGCCAAAAACCAAGUAGCAAUGAACCCGCAAAACACGGUGUUCGACGCUAAGCGGUUGAUUGGAAGACGGUUCACCGAUCCAUCCGUUCAGAGUGACAUGAAGCUAUGGCCGUUUAAAGUUGUGGCCGGCCCGGGCGAUAAGCCCAUGAUUGUUGUUUCUUACAAGGGCGAAGAUAAAACCUUCGCCCCUGAGGAAAUAUCGUCUAUGGUGCUUGUUAAAAUGAGGGAAACCGCGGAAGCGUUUUUGAGUCAGGCGAUCAAAAACGCUGUCGUGACGGUUCCUGCUUAUUUCAAUGAUUCUCAACGACAGGCGACUAAAGAUGCUGGCGCGAUUUCCGGGUUGAAUGUGAUGAGGAUUAUUAAUGAGCCGACGGCAGCUGCGAUUGCUUACGGGUUGGAUAAGAAGGCUUCAAGACAAGGAGAACAGAAUGUUUUGAUUUUUGACUUGGGCGGUGGGACCUUUGACGUAUCUCUUUUGACUAUUGAAGAAGGGAUUUUUGAAGUGAAAUCGACGGCUGGAGAUACGCAUUUGGGUGGCGAGGAUUUUGAUAAUCGGUUGGUGAAUCAUUUCGUGACGGAAUUUAGAAGGAAACAUAAGAAGGAUAUUAGUGGGAACGCAAGGGCGUUGAGGCGGUUGAGGACCGCUUGUGAACGGGCGAAAAGGACGUUAUCCUCGUCGUCUCAGACGACUAUAGAAGUCGAUUCCUUGUAUGAAGGAAUCGACUUCUAUGCGACGAUAACUAGGGCGAGGUUUGAGGAGUUGUGCAUGGAUAUGUUUAGGAAAUGUAUGGAUCCGGUUGAGAAGUGUUUGAAAGAUGCAAAAAUCGAUAAGGGUUCGGUUCACGAGGUUGUUUUGGUUGGUGGGUCGACCCGGAUUCCGAAAGUUCAACAACUUUUGAUUGAUUACUUUAAUGGGAAGGAGCUUUGUAAAAGUAUAAAUCCUGAUGAAGCGGUGGCUUAUGGUGCGGCUGUCCAGGCCGCGAUUUUGACUGGUGAAGGAGAUCAGAAGGUCCAAGACCUUCUACUCCUCGAUGUCACACCGCUCAGUCUCGGGUUGGAGACGGCUGGCGGUGUGAUGACUACUUUGAUCCCGAGAAAUACAACAAUCCCGACUAAAAAAGAGCAGAUUUUUUCAACCUACUCGGAUAACCAGCCUGGGGUUUUGAUUCAAGUAUAUGAAGGAGAACGGGCUAGAACUAAAGAUAAUAAUCUUCUAGGGAAAUUCGAGCUAACCGGGAUCCCUCCGGCUCCUAGGGGUGUCCCUCAGAUUAAUGUCACCUUUGACAUUGAUGCAAAUGGGAUUUUAAAUGUUUCGGCCGAGGACAAAACUGCUGGAGUUAAGAACAAGAUCACGAUCACGAACGAUAAGGGGAGAUUAAGCAAGGAUGAGAUAGAGCGGUUGGUGCAAGAAGCAGAGAAGUAUAAGGCCGAGGAUGAGGAGGUGAAGAAGAAAGUGGAGGCAAGAAACGCCCUAGAGAAUUAUGCUUAUAAUAUGAGGAACACGAUUAAGGACGAGAAGUUUGCGGCAAAGUUGGGGGCAGAGGAGAAGCAGACUAUCGAGAAGGCGGUGGAUGAUGGAUUGGAGUGGCUAGAGAAGAAUCAGCUGGCUGAAGUGGAUGAAUUGGAAGAUAAGUUGAAGGAAUUGGAAGGUGUUUGUAACCCCAUAAUUGCGAAAAUGUAUCAGGGUGGUGCCGGUGGUGAUGUGCCUAUGGGUGGAGGGACGGCUAAUGGCGCUGGUGGCAGUGGCAGUGGGGCUGGACCAAAGAUUGAAGAGGUGGAUUAGAUUUGGUGGUGGAGAUGGUUUGAAGCUUGUUUGAUAGUAGUUUUAGUUGGUAGUUGGUGUAUGCUUAGCUAUGUUCUGUUUUGUUAAUGUAAUGUGAGUUUUUAUAAACAAAUAAACUUGUGUUUUGUGCA